AUGAGCUCGAUCCCUCCCAAGUCAGGCCUUCAACCUCAAGGACAGAGCACCUCGACUCAGGCCGCCUCCUCCGCACACACUUCCUCUCCUUCAGUGGGUGGGAAAUCUUCGCCUCAGGCGCCGGUUCCUACGCCCUCGUCUACCUCGACGACGGCUCCUCGUUCCUACGCCAACGCCACCAAGAAGUCCGCGACGGACUCGACCGCCGCUCCCGUCACCGUGGGCGGCCAGUCGCAACAUGGGAAGUCGACUACAGCAUCUCCUGUGAGCGGCAAACCCAUGCAGCAAUCCCAAACCCCCGGCGUCACCAUCGUCAAUGGCGCCCCGGCCCCGGCCUCCCAGGGCGACCACACUAGAAAGCCUUCCGUGACUAUCACUUCCGCUGGCACCUCGGGAUACAUCCCCAACGGUGGCCAAACCGGUCGUCCGAACAGUCUGCAGUUUGGCUUCGCUGCCAACCAGCAGUCAUCUCCCAACAUGGGCAAUCCCGCUGUCCUGGCUAACCAGCCUCAGUCCGGUCUCGGUGUUACUCCGCCCAUGAACCCUCGCGUGACUUCUCCCCAGACUUCGCCUUCUCCCAUCCCGCAGCCCGCCUCGAGCGGUGGCCGGCCACCGCCGUCGUCGUAUCAGUCUCAGGGCAACGUCCCGAACUUUGGCAGCUUCGGUGACUCUGGUGACAACCAACAGAUGCGCCCGGCUCCUCAGGCACCCCUUGGUCCUGGCGCUCAGUCGACCCAUCUGCGUCGCGAAUCCUCCCAGUCGACCCACAGCGACAUGAGCAACCACAUGGGCGGCGGUCCCGGCGGUCGCGGCGGCUACCACCACCAGGGCGGACGUGGACGUGGAUUCUCGCAGUCGAGCUACCAGGGACAGAUCCCCUACUCGCCUAACGCCAGCUUCCGUUCGACCCCCAAUCAACCCCGUGGUGGUCCCAACAUGGCCCCUCAGUUCCCUAACCAGCCGCGCCCGAUGCCCUUCCCCAACUCUCCUCACCAGGCGAGUCGCAGUCCCGCGCUGGCCAAUGCGCACCCGGCCACUCCUCAGAUGAACCAGGUCCCGAUGGCCCAUCCCCAGAUGGCGCCUCAGCCCUACUAUGGCCAACCCAUGCCCCCUCAACCUGUGAGACCCCAUCCCUUGCAAAAGCCUGCACGCCGUGGUGGCGCCCUGAACCGCAAGAAAGGACCAUCCCGUGCCCCGGUCCCCCCACGUUCUUCUGCUACCCAUAGCCCCCACAUAACUUUGCCUCCGAAUCUGGCGCCAGAAAGUGGCCAUUUUGAACGCUAUCUAACCAUGAUGAAAUCAAAGCAGGGAUAUCCCACCUUCGACCCGAACUACGGCUUCUACCCUGGUUACAACGUGAGCGGUGUGCCAUACAUGCCCCCGUCGCCGCAGCCUCGCCCGGGCAUUCCUUACAACCCUCAGGCCCCGUACAUGCAGAACCAGUACCCGGUGCAGCCCGUCGCACAGGCCACAGCUCUGUCUCGUAGCCCGUCCCAUUCGAACGAUCGGCCCGGCUCGAGCUUGGGUCAAGGUCAGCCCCCGGCUGGCGCUCCUGGCCCCGCUCAUGCCCACAAUGCCAGCCGUUCCUCCAACAGCCCCGCCCCUCAAAAGUCCUCUUUCGUCAUCCCCACGGCCAAGAAGAAUGCCGUUGUCAUCAAGGAUCCUGGCAGUGGCGCCGUGAAGACCUUCGAGAAGGCCCCGGCCUCUCCGGCCCGUGUCACUCCUUCGCCUGUCAAGAUUGCCACCCCGACCUCGACUCCUCCCCCGCGUACCGGCAGCAGUGCCGACCACACUCGCACCGAUUCCAAGUCCACUAAGACGGAUGAGGAAAAGAAGAAGGAGUUGAGAGACGCGGUGCACCAGAAGAUCGAGCAGGACAGAAUCGAGAAGGAGGAGGCUGAGCGUCGCAAGGCGGAAGAAGAAGCGGCCCAGAAGAAGAAGGAGGAAGAGGAAGAGGCCGCGCGCAAGAAGGCCGAAGAGGAUGCGGCUCAAAAGAAGAAGGAAGAGGAGGAAGCUGCACAGAAGAAGGCUGCGGAUGAAGAAGCGGCUCGCAAGGGUCUUGAGGACCUGAGCUUGAAGGACAAGCCCGCCGAGACCAAGGCUGAGGAGCCUUCCAAGCCUGCCCCUGCCCCUGCCCCUGCUGACGAUGACGAUAUCGACUACGAUGCCAUCGAACGCGAGAUGGCCGAGAUUGAGGCUAAGGAGCGUGCUGCUGAAGAGGCCUACUACGCCAAGAAGAAGGCUGAGAAGGAAGAGAAGGAGCGCAAGGAGAAGGAGGAGCUCGAGGCUUACGAGGCCAACAUGAAGAACGCUGAGCGUGAAGCCGAGGCCCUGGAAGAGGCUCGUGCUAAGAAGCGGGAAGAGGAGUCCAAGGACAAGGAUCUCUUUGCUUCUCUCAAGAAGGGUGGUUUCCCGGCUACCGAGGCCAGCACUCCUGGAGACAGCGGUGCCGCUACUCCCGCUUCUGACAUGUCAAUGGGACCUCCCGCGAAGCCCGCCAGUGCCAACAAGCGCGAGAAGCCGGCUGCCCUUAAGCUGGAGACCACCAAGGCCGUUGAGCCUCCUCAGCCUAGUGCAGCCAUGAAGGCUCUGCACUCUGCUCGGUUCGUCGAUGAUCUCAGCAAGAUUACUUAUCCUGAUUCUAUCGCCUCCCCGAACCCUGCGCUGAACGCAAGUGCCCCUGCCGAUCGCAAGUUCCACUACAACAAGGAGUUCUUGCUGCAGUUCCAGAGUGUCUUCAAGGAGAAGCCUUCCAUUGACUGGGAUGCGCGCGUGCGUGAGACCGUCGGUGAUAGCGAUUCCUCUCGCCCUCAGUCCGCCCGGACGCCCAUGAUGGGUGGCCGCAAUUCUUCGCGCCCUGGUGCCGCCCCCUUCCAGAUGGGCAACUUCGGCCAGGCCCCCAGCCGCUCCAACUUGCCUCCUGGUACCACUUCUGCCGAGCGCUUCGCUAUGUCGAACGCCGCACGCACUUCUUCCAUGGGCAACCCCUUCGGCAACUUCGGACGUCCCGGUCUCGGCAUUGGUGCUCCUGGUCUCAGCCGCACCAACUCUGCGAGCGCCAUGCACCCCGGUAUGCCCUCGUCUCCUCGUGUUGGCUCCAGCAACCGCUCGGGUACGCGGACUGGCAGCAAGCGUGAUAAGCAGAACGCCAAGAAGGAGGAGGAAAUGGCCAAGUCCAUGCCUCUUACUGCUGGAAUGGAAGUCAAGGCUCUGCAGGUGUCUUCUACUGGUUGGAAGCCUCGCAGCAUUGGCCAAGCCCCUGCUGCUGCUGCUGCUGGGCCUACUCCUGCCGGCGCCGCUUACAUGCCUCCGGAUAUGGUGCAGCGCAAGGUCAAGGCUGCUCUGAACAAGAUGACUCCCGAGAACUUCGACCGUAUUUCCGGCCAACUCUUGGAAAUCGUCUCUCAGUCCAAGGACGAGACCGAUGGACGUACCCUGCGCCAGGUCAUCCAGCUUACCUUCGAGAAGGCUACCGACGAGGCUCACUGGGCUUCUAUCUAUGCCAAGUUCUGUAAGCGCAUGCUUGAGAGUAUGAGUGCUGAGAUCAAGGAUGAGAACAUCCAUGACAAGAAUGGCAACGUUGUCGCUGGUGGUAGCUUGUUCCGCAAGUACCUCCUCAACCGUUGUCAGGAGGAGUUCGAGCGUGGUUGGAAGGUCAACCUGCCCCCUAAGCCGGAGGGUGAGACCGAGGAGGCCGCCAUGAUGUCUGACGAAUACUACAAGGCUGCCGCCGCUAAGCGUCGUGGUCUGGGUCUCGUCAAGUUCAUUGGUGAGCUGUACAAGUUGGGUAUGUUGACGGAGCGUAUCAUGCACGAGUGUGUGAAGAAGCUUGUCGACUACGAAGGCAUGCCCGAUGAGGCCGAGGUUGAGAGUUUGACCAGUCUGCUGCGCACCAUUGGUGCCAGUCUCGAUGCCUCUGAGAAGGGCCACGCCUUCAUGAACGCCUACUUCCACCGGAUCGGUCUGAUGAUCCAGACUCCUGGCCUGCCCAGCCGUCUGCGCUUCAUGCUGAUGGAUAUCGUGGAUCUGCGUUCCGCUCGCUGGCAGUCCAAGGAUGCUGACAAGGGUCCCAAGACGAUCCAACAGAUCCGUGAAGAGGCUGCUCGUGCCCAACAGGAAGCCGAGAUGGAGCGUCUUCGCCAACAGGCCAACCGUGGUAGCCGCCCCGGCUUGGGUCGUGGCGAUGCCCGCAGUUACAGCGGAUAUGGUAACCAGGCUCCCCCGCAAGACUUCGCGUCUAGCAAGGUCGGCAGUGACGAUCUCCGCCGCCUUCGCACCUCUCGUCAAACCAACCAGCCGAUGUCUUUCGGCCCCUCCAGCAUGCUGGGCUCCCGCAGCAACAGCGGACGGAAGAAUCUGGGCCCUGGUGGCAACUUGGUUCGUGGCAGUGAUGACAGUGCUGCUAGCAGCCGCACGGGCACUCCUACCGGCAAGAAGGAAGACAAGGAGGCCGCGUCCUCAAUCAAUGCCUUUAGUGCUUUGGCAAGCUUGGAAGACCGUGACAACAUGGCCACUUCCCCUCCCUCCAACCCUACCUCCCCUCUGCUGACCAAGUCGCAACCCGCGGUCGAGCGCCGGCCUUCCAAGACCCCGUCCAAGGACGGUGAGGAGGCCUCAUAG